AGCAAUAAUUCCAACCACCGGAUUGCUUACAGGUUGAAAUAAGAAUGGUUCCUUCAAAUUUCUUCCAAUCCUCUCUCUUGUCUCUAUCUCUCUCUUCCUCUGUCUCUCUCCUUUCUAAGAACUGAGAGGGAUUUCAUGAAGUCCCGAGGCUUUGAUCCUUCCUUCACUGGGAGGACUACCCUUACUUUAUUCUCUCUUGUCAAGUUUAUUAUCCUUUCUUCUCUUAUAGUCCUGUUUCUUAAUGUCUUUCUCUCUCUUUAUACUACUGUUUCAAAGCCUUAUUACUCCAGUAUAAAGCAGCCAAUUUUUAAGUUUUCUUCUUCUUCUUCUUUUUCUUCUUCUUCUUCUUCUUCUUCAAACUCUAUGCCGUUUUCUAUAUACCAAUCUAAUUCUAAUAUACUACAAGGUUCUUCUUCAGCACCUACUCCCAAAAAUCCUUCUCAAUUACCAGCUGCUCCGUCUAAAAUAGACAAAUCUCCCAUUUCUUCUCCUCUUCCUUCAACUUUUUCUUCAUUGAAUUCUACAGACUCCCUCUCUGUUUCUGCUUCCAAUAACUUGGAUAAUUCUUCCAUCCCAUAUAAAUAUUCUUCUCGAACAUUAAUCCAGGAUUCUUCUUCUACUACUACUUCUAUUUCAAACUCUUCAUCAUCAUUUCCUACUGAUUACUUGAAUUCUUCCAUCACCAUUAAUCAAAAUCCAGAAAGACCAGUUGUGAGCAAGAGAUCAUUACCAAAGGGAUGUGAUCUAUCUAAAGGCGAAUGGAUCGAAGAUCCAAACGCGCCAUACUACACAAACUCGACAUGUGGGAUGAUACAGGAGCACCAAAACUGUAUCAAAUUUGGAAGGCCUAACUUAGAUUUUCUCAAGUGGAGGUGGAAGCCUGAUGGCUGUGAUCUUCCUCUUCUAGACCCAGCCCAGUUCUUGGAGCUAAUGAGAGGGAAGACCUUAGCCUUCAUUGGAGACUCUUUGGCUAGAAACCAAAUGCAGUCUUUAAUGUGCCUUCUAUCCAGGGUGGAGUAUCCGAAAGAGAUAUCGUCCUCAGAAGAGAACCUAACACGCAUGUUUUAUCAAAGCCACAACUUUACCAUUUGGUUCUUCUGGUCGCCAUUCCUGAUCCGAGCAGAGCAAUCCAAUGAGACCAUCUACAACUUCCCUUACUGGAACAUCUACCUCGACGAGCCUGACCCGCUCUGGCCAUCCCACCUCCCGAACUUCGACUACGUCGUCCUCAACACCGGCAACUGGUACACCCGCCCCACACUCUUCCACCUCAACCGAACCCUCGUCGGCUGUCACUAUUGCUCCAUCCCCAACGCUCCAUACAUGAGCAUGCGCCGCGCCCAUCGUCGCGCCUUUCGCACCGCCCUCAAUUCCAUCUCCAACGCCGGCAAGCACGGCGGCUUCAAAGGCCUGACCAUCGUGCGAACGGUUUCGCCGUCGCACUUCGAGGGCGGAGAGUGGAACAAAGGAGGCGACUGCGUGCGAACGAAGCCGUUUCGGGGCAAGGAGGCGCCGAACCUCGAGGGAUUGGAGAAGGAGAUGUAUAAGGAGCAGCUGAAGGAGUUUUGGAAGGCAAAGUGGGAGGGGAGCGAGAUGGGGCUGGAGUUCCGGCUGCUGGAUGCCACUAAGGCGAUGCUGAUGAGACCAGAUGGGCAUCCGAGCAGGUACGGCCACUCGGCGGCUGAGGUAUUGGUCAUGUCUAAUGACUGCGUGCAUUGGUGUCUUCCUGGUCCUGUGGAUAUGUGGAAUGAUUUUUUGUUUCGAGUUCUUACCAUCUGAUGUGUAUGAGAUUCUUUGGAUGGUUUAUUUAUUUCUCUGUGUUUUAUUUAUUUGGAUUUAGGGGUUAUGAAAAUGUGAAUGAUUGUUAAAGCUAUUGAUUCUUUAAUAAAUAU